UGAGCGCGGUUGCUCGUGCAGCUGAGACAGGAGAACUUUAGGUUUCUAUUGGUGAAAACUUACUGUAUUCGUUGGCAGCUUCUCUCUGCACCAUCAGAACCUCGGGAGCUGUUGGCCGCACACCAACGAGGUGAUCCGGACCUGCCGCUGCUACUUGGCAAGGUGUCUACUGGGUGGAUAUAACGGCCCAGAGGCGCGGGCAAGCUGCGGUUCGCCAGAGAAUAGCUGACUUCAGCGCUGACACAUCCGAGCAGGGAAGCUGCUGCUUGCAAGAUAAACUCUUCAGACCUCCAUCUGGCCAUGUGAUGAAGUCAGGGACCAUGCCAGGUGGGGCAUCAGCCACUGGAGAGCUAUUCGUUGAGCACAUUCAUGCCACUGCUGGAAGGAUGGUGUCCCAGGCCACAGACCGGCACAAUUCUCCUAUGGAUCCCUGUGGAGGGACCAGCUGUGCCCGUGAGGAUGCUGAUGGUUUGCCCCGGCUCCUGGAUACUGACCACCCUCCUUGCGAGUUAGACGUGAGGCUCCUGAGGCACAAAGCUUCCUGGAUCAACCCAGUGUCUGUGGAGCAGCCCCUACAAGAGUUAUGCUCCCAGAGACCUACAGUGCAGAACAGCGGGAAACACUUGGUGGUGGACGCUCCGACGCCUUUGGGCCUUUCACUGUUGCCCUACAGGGACUCCCUAGCUGAGAUGACAUUGACUGAGAGGACUGUGGAUGUCACCUGCAGCUCCUCUGCUCAUGGCCCUGGGGGAAAGAACGGUGACUUCUCCCUGGCUCCAGAAGAACAAGAGGUUCAGCCUCAGCACAAAUCUCUGCUCAGAAAUCCCAAGACUGUGGCCACUUCCCCAUCCCCUAAGGAGGACAGUGCCCGUUUUAAGUCUCCUCACUUGACAGCCUCUGCAGGUACUGCUUGGAGCAGCAGAAGAAACCAUUCUUGGGACUCCUUCCCACUGGAGAUGUUCAUGCUGCCCAUUGACAUAGAAAAGGAAAAUGUCCACUUUUAUGCUGCAGACAUGAUUAUCUCAGCAAUGGAGAAUAUGAAAUGCAACCUCCUGAGUCAACAGCAGCCAGAGGCCUGGGGCACAGAGGAAGCCAGUGGGUCUCAUGUGAACGAUUGGAUUCAGGAUAAAGCAGCACAGCAGGAGCCAGGGUCCUCCACUUCCUCAGACAGUGGCUAUGAAGGUUGUGGUGUGCCCCAGGUCAGCCCAGUGGCUGACACAGUUUCUUACUCUCCUGUGUCCAGAGAGGCCUGCAAACGUGACUUGGAUGAACUGGUUAUGUUAGAACUUGGGGAAUAUAACGACAUCGCAGGAGGCAGCAGACGCCCCUACAACUCUUUAAAGAGUGUAACCUGUGAGUCAGACUUCAGUCCUGCUGGGCUGUUAGCCAGAGAGUUGUUCCGGGGGUUCUUGAAGUGCCAGGUACUUUCGGAAGUCAAUUCUCGGCUGCCAGGCUCCCUGACAGCAGCCAGCUCAGGGGUUGGGAAUGAAGAGCAUGCUGGGGAAGACUUUGACUCCAGCAUGGAUGCAACACAGGAAAUCAUGCCCAAGUCUAGGGUCCCAGGGGCUGAAGACUGGGUGCCCCCUGGAUUUCAAAUCAUACUUACUGUUCACACGCCAAUCAGGAGGGACAUAGCGGUAGUGGCCCAGAAUUUCUUCUGUGCUGGAUGUGGGACUCCAAUACAGCCCAAGUUUGUGAAGCGGCUCCGGUACUGUGAGUAUCUGGGGAAGUACUUCUGUGACAACUGCCAUUCAUCUGCAGAGUCCUGUAUCCCUGCCAGGAUCCUGAUGCUGUGGGACUUCAGGAAGUACCAAGUCAGCAAUUUCUCUAAAUGGCUACUGGACAGCAUAUGGCACCAGCCUGUCUUCAACCUGCUAGGCGGGUACCAUAGCCUCUACACAAAAGCCAAGGAACUGGAUAGGGUGAAGGACAUCCAGGAGCAACUGUUUCACAUCAAGAAGCUGUUGAAGACUUGCAGGUUUGCUGAUAGUGUACUGAAGGAGUUUGAGCAGGUUCCCAGUCAUCUGACUGACAACUGCCAUCUGUUCUCCAUGGAUGACCUCCUCAGGACCAAGAAAGGACUGCUGGCACCCUUGCUGAAGGACAUCCUGAAGUCUUCUCUUGCCCACGUGGCCAGCUGUGAGCUGUGCCAGGGGAAGGGCUUCAUUUGUGAGUUUUGCCAGAGUACCACUGUCAUCUUCCCAUUCCAGACCAUGACUUGCAGAAGAUGUUCAGGGUGCAGGGCGUGCUUUCACAAACAGUGUUUCCAGUCUUCCAGAUGCCCCCGCUGUGCCAGGAUGAUAGCUCGGAGACAGCAUUUGGAGAACUUGCCCUCUGCAGGGAUGUGACAGUCCUGAUGCACUUAUUCAAAGCGCUGUAGGAUGAUACCAAAUUGUGUCUGCUCCUGAUAACAUUGUUUCAGAUACUAAGUGUUUUACAGUAGGAAAAAUAUGACCCUAACCCCACUCCUGUAUAUAUUUAAUGCUUUCAAGGAGCCCGGAAGUUUGUUACUAGGUGUAAGAUUAUUGCUAAGGUUUUGUUCAUAAAUGUUUGAAAUAUUUAACUUUUUUUUUCCUGCUACCUGCUGUUUUUAAAUUAAGUUGUAGCUCGGUAGCCAUUUUUAGCUAAAAACAGAACCUAUUUUUUUUUUUUAUGAACUGUAACUGACAAGGUGAAAAACUUAGUUCCACUUCCUUCAAAGCUGCUUGUGAAAUGGUUGGACACUGUAAGAGAACAAAGUGCAACGAGAAUUGUGUUUGCUCAAAGCUUUUGUUCUUUCAAGAAAAAGACUCCUACUCAA